AUGCCCAACGUCAUUCUAGUUACAGGAGGGAACGGCCUGAUUGGGAGCGGCAUUCAGGAGGUUCUGAAUACAGAACUUCAGGGCUCACGCUUCGGCAGACAACCUGGCGAGCGUUGGAUCUUCGUUGGAUCUGCUGAUGCUGACUUGCGGGAUGUCGACCAAACUAUGAAAGUGUUUGAAAAGCAUAGGCCCACACAUGUCAUCCAUCUCGCCGCCCUGGUUGGAGGUGUAUAUCGCAACAUGAGGAUGAAGGCGACAUUCUUGCGCGACAAUACCCUCAUGAAUGACAACGUGUUGCAUGCAGCGCACAUAUGCAAAACCGAGAAGGUCAUUUCCUGCCUAUCCACAUGCAUAUACCCCGAUAAGGUCGAGUAUCCUCUAGACGAGACCAAAGUCCAUCUAGGCUUGCCGCACGAAAGCAAUUUCGGAUACGCACAUGCGAAGAGACUUGUGGAUAUACAGAACAGAGCCUAUCGUGAGGAAUUCGGCUGUACCUUUACGUCCGCCAUUCCGACUAGUGUGUACGGGCCGCACGACAACUUCGAUAUCGAAGAUGGCCAUGUCAUACCUGCGCUUAUCCAUCGAUGCUAUCUCGCCCAGAGUGAAACCUUUUCUUAUAUUAUCCUCCGUAGGCAGAUUCGCAGUGUACUGAUUCGUCUCGGUUGCAUAGAAAACGGUUCUCCGUUCAUCGUAGGAGGAUCCGGAAAACCCCUGCGCCAGUUCAUCUUUUCUAGAGACUUGGCGAAGUUGUUCAUCUGGCAACUUCGAGAAUACGACGAGGUCGAACCUGUUAUCUUGUCUGUGAGUGAAAAAGAGGAAAUCAGCGUCAGAGAAAUCGCAACAGCCAUUGUUCAAGCUAUGAAAUUCGAGGGCGAGUGUAGAUUUGAUACUUCGAAAGCGGAUGGGCAAUUCCGGAAGCCCGCCUCUAACGCGAAAUUGUUGGGACUUAUCGGCGAGUUCUACUUCACGCCCUUCGAAACAGGGCUACAGGAAACCGUGGAAUGGUUCUUGAAGAACUACCACGAAGCGCGUGGCACGAUCUGAACGAAUGUUAUACAAGGCGCGGAGAUUUGUGCCAAUGCCCGAGCAGGAUCAUGUAUGAGUUACAGCUAAAUU